GCCUCCCGUUGUUGUUCCGUAGGAGCUUCAUCUCCAAUGGCGUCUUCUUCUCUCUCGUCUCUUUCCUCCAUUCUCAGCAACCCUCAAGGUUGCUCUCUCUGCUUCAAAUCCUCUACACGACGCGGUCUCGCUCUAGCAUUCCUCUCCUCGAAAGUAAACCAUGCUUCUUCUUCUGCUCUUCUCCCUCGUUGCCACAACGCGCAUCGUAUUACGCAGAAGCCGAUCAAGAGGAAGAAUGGGUUUGCUCUAGAUCUUUCGCGAAGCUUUUCUGUUUCUCAGAGUGCUGGUUCCAAUAAGUUUGAUGGUCCAAGCCUCCACCAGUUUGUCUCCAAAGCUCACGCUUCUCUUACUACUCCUCAAAUGGAAUCUGACUCACUAGAUCCCGACACUGCAUCAAAAGGUCGGAUUUAUCACGAAACAUAUGGAUGUCAGAUGAACAUAAACGACAUGGAGAUAGUCCUCGCGAUCAUGAAAAACUCCGGUUAUAAAGAAGUAGUGACUGAUCCCGAGAGCGCGGAAGUCAUUUUCAUCAACACUUGUGCGAUCCGAGACAACGCGGAACAGAGAGUAUGGCAAAGACUUAACUACUUUUGGUUCCUAAAACGGGAGUGGAAAACCAAUGUCGCAAUAGGAAGAGCGAAAUCUCUCAGACCUCCUAAAGUUGUCGUCUUGGGAUGUAUGGCUGAAAGAUUAAAGGACAAGAUUCUAGAUUCUGAUAAAAUGGUCGACGUGGUUUGCGGUCCUGAUGCUUACAGAGAUCUUCCGAGGCUGUUGGAAGAAGUAGACUAUGGACAAAAAGGAAUCAACACUCUUCUUUCUCUAGAAGAGACUUACGCUGACAUAUCACCAGUCCGAAUCUCCCAAAACGCAAUUUCCGCUUUUGUAUCCGUUAUGAGAGGCUGCAACAACAUGUGCGCUUUCUGCAUUGUUCCGUUUACAAGAGGCAGAGAGCGUUCACGUCCCGUGGAAUCAAUAGUACGCGAGGUUAAGGAGUUAUGGGAAUCCGGUGUGAAAGAAGUCACGCUUUUAGGUCAAAAUGUGAACAGCUAUAACGAUGCUUCAUCUGAUCCUGAGUCAGGUGCUAAUUGGGAAUACAGUGAAGGGUUCUCGAGCAGGUGUAAAGUUAAAAACAUGGGUUUGAGAUUUGCUGAUCUCUUGGACCGACUCUCUCUGGAGUUUCCAGAGAUGCGGUUUAGGUUUACUUCGCCUCAUCCUAAAGAUUAUCCGGACGAGUUGCUGUAUUUGAUGAGAGAUAGACAUAAUAUCUGCAAUCUGAUCCAUCUUCCUGCACAGUCUGGUAAUAGCAGAAUACUAGAACAGAUGCGGAGAGGCUACACCAGAGAAGCUUACUUGGAUCUUGUCAAAAAGAUUCGGAGUAUCAUACCGGACGUGGCUAUAACCAGCGAUUUCAUAACCGGCUUCUGUGGAGAAACCGAAGAAGAGCAUGAAGAAACGCUAAGCCUGGUGAGAGCAGUUGGAUACGAUAUGGCAUAUAUGUUUGCAUACAGCAUGAGAGAGAAAACACACGCUCAUCGGAAUUACACAGACGACGUUCCAGAGGAAGUGAAACAGAGACGCUUAACAGAACUCAUCGAAGCAUUCCGCGAGACGACAGGUCCGUGUUACGACUCUCAGGUCGGAUCAAUCCAGUUAGUUUUGGUUGAAGGACCAAACAAGCGAGCUCCUGAGACAGAACUCAUUGGCAAAAGCGACAAAGGACACCGAGUCGCGUUUGUUAGGAAGCCUCUGUUUGAUAAAGAGCGUCGUCUUAAUGAUGAUGACCUGAAGAGGAAUCCUGAAGUUGGGGACUUUGUGGAGGUUCGGAUUGUGAAAUCAUCGAGGGCAUCUCUGUUUGGAGAAGCUCUCUCGAUUAGUAAACUGUCGUUGUUUCACGAUGUUGGUGUCGAUGCUGUUGUUGCGUCUUGUGCAAGUUAAACUUUUUGUUUUGUUUUGUCUCGAAAAGCCUUUGGAUUUUCUCUUUUUAUGUAUACUUUUAUAGUUAUCCAAAUCAAUUAUUUACAGGGGAAUUUUACUGGUUUUGAAAGAAAAUUUUGUAA